AUGAAUCCUCCAAAAGAAGUCGUUUUCAAUUUAAUCCCACAAGAAUCAUGUGACCUUAUGAUUAAAUAUAAAGACCAUUUUUAUGAAACCAUUAAACUCCACUAUCAAUUCGAAGGUUUAAAGAAAGAGGAUGAAAGAACCUACAACAUUGGAGACCUUACUGUUUUGAUUAAUUUAGUAAAUACACUUUAUAAUGGACAAAUUGAAAACCAAGAAAACAAUGACCAAAAUAACAAUCAGCAAAACAAUAAUGAUCAAAACAAUAAUGACCAAAAUAAUAAUGACCAAAACAACAAUGACCAAAAUAAUAGAACCAAUGAGUUUGAUAAGAAAAUAAUAACAAGUAAAGAAAUUCAAAACAUAAAAGGUAUUGGAGAAUUAUAUUUAGCUUUUUUAUAUGGCUAUUAUAAUGCAAUGAUAAAAUACGUUAAAACAAUUCAACCAAUCACUGUAAACUAUCUUUCAAAUGAUUUAUUUUCAAGGUCAAUGUCAACAGAAUGGUUUCAUAAACUUUAUGAUCCAAUUAUCAAAACCAAUUUAAAGCCAGAAACACAUGGAAUUCUAUCAUUUUUAUCAAAUAACAAUACAGAAAUUUUCGAAUUUAUUUGGAACAAUCAUAUUAAUAAUAUAGCAAGAAAGAGUUUAUUUUUGUCACUUUUUAAAUCAAAAUUAGAUAACUAUAUGUAUUACGGCGGAAACUCUUACAUCUGGUUAAUGGAAUACAUGAUUAAAGAAAAAAAAGAAUUUAUUGAAUCUCUUACACUUACUGAACAAGAACUAAAAGAAAUUCAUCAAAACACUUUAAUCUAUGGAACAAUCUCAAUUUUUAAAAAAAUAAAAUCAUUAUUCAGCUCCUAUAGUUUCAAAGCAGAUGAAGGAAUACUCUUAUCAAUUAUUAAAAGCACCAAUCGUUACUAUUGUUGCGAUGUGAUUGAAUAUUUAAUUAAAAACGAUUUAAUUUUAAAUUCAAAUAUUUUAAUGGAUGAUAAAAAACUUUCAAAAUCAACAUUUAUUUUAAACCAUACCAUUUUAAAAAACAAAUAA